AUGCAGCCCAAGCUUUAUUUACUGUGGGCUUUUAUCUCCAACAUCCAUAGUGUGUCUGCGCAACUCUAUUCUGGAUGCCUUACUCCUCCUUGCUAUCCACCAGGAUACGCUUUAUACUGCAGCGUCGUUCCUAAUGCGCCAUUAUGUCUCGAUCAUGGGAAUACCGGGGGUGGACUGAACGGAAUGGGCUACCAUGAUCAUCCCCUACACCUAUAUCCUCCUUAUCAUCAAGUACGGCCGCCGCAGCCACCUCAUCCACCUGGCUGUCCACCUCCCUAUCCUGUGCAACAACCCUAUCCUCCUCCUCCUCCUCCUCCCUCCCUCCUCCUCCUCCUCCUCCUCCUCCUCCUCCUCCUCCGCCGCCGCCGCCGCCGCCGCCACCCGGAUACCCUUAUCCUGUGCAACAACCCUAUCCUCCUCCUCCGCCGCCGCCGCACGGUUACCCCUAUCCUUUGCCUUACCCUUACCCUUAUCCGCCUUACCAGGAAACACGUCCAGGGCCGGAUCGUCCGUCACCUUCUAGACCUGAUGAAUGCCCCGUGA